GUCCCCGGCCCCGCGAGUUCUCUUCUUCCGUCGGAUCCCAGCAAGCGACAGCACCGACCCCGAGCCGCCGAACCUCGAACAAAACCCACAUACCAAGAUGAGUGGACUCCAGUGCCUCGCCUCAGAGAACGUCUGGUUCGACAAGCAGCGCUACGAUGAGGCCGAGACGCGCUUCUACGAGGGAUCCAACGGGCAGUCAUCCUCAGGAGCAGACCAGGAGCUGGUUACACGCAUGAAGAGCCUUGAGCUGGAGAACCAGACGCUGCACAAAGUGGUGGAGCACAUGAAAGCAACCAUGCUGAAGUUAGAGUCCAGAGUAGCUUUGCUGGAAAAGACCCCUGCAACAGCUGCUGUCCCAGCUGCUAAGGCUGCUCCAGCCAAGGUGGAAGAUAGUGAUGACGAAGAUGAUGACAUGGACUUGUUCGGCAGUGAUGAGGAUGAUGAGGAGGCAGAUCGCAUCAAGCAGGAGCGCCUGGAUGCCUACGCAGCCAAGAAGGCCAAGAAACCCACGCUCAUUGCCAAGUCAUCGAUCCUGUUGGACGUCAAACCUUGGGAUGAUGAGACGGACAUGGCGAAGCUGGAGGAGUGUGUGCGCACGGUGCAGAUAGACGGGCUCCUGUGGGGAGCAUCCAAACUGGUGCCGGUGGGCUACGGCAUCAAGAAGCUGCAGAUCGGGUGUGUGGUCGAGGACGACAAGGUCGGAACAGACAUCCUCGAGGAGGAGAUCACCAAGUUUGAGGACUACGUCCAGAGUGUAGAUGUAGCUGCCUUCAAUAAGAUCUAAGCCCCACCUGCUCUUCCUUUGCUCCACCAACGUGUUGCUGCUGCUGCUCCUAGCUGACAGUUAUUAAAGCUUUGAGCACAAACA